AUGGCUGAUCCUAACUCUUCGAUGAAUCCCUCGCCGACCCCGCCGCCUGGGUGGUCAAUGGACCCAAAGGACCUUGAUUACGAGGAUGACUGGGUUGCGGAAGACGGCUGUGGGACUAUGCUUGCGGCUAAAUAUAAGCUUGAGAGAUGCACCCCGAUUAUGAUCAGAUUGGAUCCACACAACGACGUGGUGUUAUUUGAGAGUGGAGGGAAAUUCUAUCUCUAUAGUCAGAUGACUGGGGCUUUCAGUCAGAUUAUUGUCCCCGACACUUUGGAUGAGAUAAUUGCUGUCAUGAAGGGAGAGAGAAGGCGUAAAAAUCUUGUGCAGAAGGCGAUCACAUGA